AGGCUGAGCAAACUGUGUGUGAGGAAAGCUUGAAGGACUUACGUUUGCAUUGUCUUAAAAUAAAGCAGUUGUUUUCAAAUACAUAAAACACAAGGAGGAAGGUAGUGAUUGGUUGCUGUCCCUGCCCACUGUGGGUAGGAAAGAAGUAAUUGGCUUAAUUUGCAGCAAGGGAGAUGAUGUAGGUUAGCUUUCAAGGCUAAGGGUAUUUAAGCACUGGAAUGGGCUAGGGAGGCUUGGGAGGCUGUGGAUUCCCUCUCAUUGAGAGUUUUAAGAGCAGUUCAGAGAAGUAUCUUUCAGGGGUGGCUCUGAUAUACUUAAUUCUGCCUUCGAGGUGGAUUAAACAGUCUCUUGGGUCCAUUCCAUUAAAAUUGAAAGGGGGAAAAAAGGUGUUAAAAAUGUUCAGGGCCAUUUGUCCCUAAAGUCGGGUGCCUCAGAACUACUCUAAGGCUUGUUUAUGUUAGGGGUCAUGAGUGAAGCUUGCUCUGGUGGUGUCCUUGCUGAUAAAGGAUUUUGCUCUCGCGUGUCAUUGAACCAGAAGUUUUUGGUUACUGAACUGCCAUGGGAAACACCACCAGCGAGCGAGUGUCUGGGGAGCGCCAUGGCUCCAAGUCCCACCGCUCUGAUGGAGCCAGUAGCGCCCACUCCUCCAAGGAGCAUCCACACAAGAUUAUGGUGGGCAGCACAGAUGACCCCAAUGUCUUCAGCACCCAUGACUCCAAGCUUCCCGGGGAUAAGGAGUUUGUGUCUUGGCAGUCAGAUCUGGAUGAGUCAGCAAAGCCAGUGCAACAGGCUCGUCCCACUGUCAUCCGCUGGGCUGAUGGAGGCAAGGAGGUCUUCAUCUCUGGCUCCUUCAACAACUGGAGUGCCAAGAUCCCACUCAUUAAAAGCCACAAUGAUUUUGUUGCUAUUCUCGACCUGCCUGAAGGAGAGCAUCAGUACAAGUUUUUUGUGGAUGGCCAGUGGGUUCAUGACCCUUCAGAGCCUGUGGUCACCAGCCAGAUGGGGACAAUUAACAACCUGAUUCACGUCAAGAAAUCUGACUUUGAGGUGUUUGAUGCUUUAAAAGUGGAUUCUCUGGAGAGUUCGGAGACUUCUUGUCGUGACCUGUCCAGCUCCCCACCAGGACCUUACGGGCAAGAAAUGUAUGUGUAUCGACCUGAGGAACGCUUCAAAUCACCACCCAUCCUCCCCCCUCACCUCCUCCAAGUUAUUCUAAACAAGGACACCAACAUCUCUUGUGACCCAGCGCUCUUACCUGAGCCCAACCACGUCAUGCUCAACCACCUCUAUGCACUUUCCAUUAAGGAGAGCUCCCUACCCUGCCUCCGCCCCGUCCUGCUGGAGUGUUUCCCUGGGUGGAGGCUGCUUUGUGUGAUGGCUAGACGAACACCUAGGGACUGGAGAGCGCUUUCCACCAGCGGACCUGUCGGGACAGACCCACAGCUGCUCUCUGUCCAAAUUGAACCACACAGCGGCAAGUUUCACCUGAUCCAGAGCAAGAUGCCAGAGCACGAAACUCCCGAUGUGGGUGGGACGGACUGUUGCCUUCUCUGCUUGGCUUGGAGUGAGGACUCUGCCUCUGGCCCUCAGGGAGCUGCCUCCCUCCUGCUGGAGCAGUGCCACAGUGACAGGCAUCUUCUCUGUUGUAUUUAUUAUAAUAUUUGUUGUCCUCCCUGCUGCUGGGUCUGUGUUGGAGGAAGUAUUACAGAACACAUGGGAGACUCCUUUGAGCUGCACUGCUGGUUCUGGUGCCAGCAGAGAUGCCAGUGUGACCACAGACUCGCAGCUAUCAGAAGGAUCAGGGCCAGCAUGCUUCCUGGUGUUACUUCCCAGGGAAUUGCAGGAAAGUCAAUGCCAGGGGAAGGCAAUGGCAUUGCCUGAACCUGCCCAACAGCAGAGGGCUGCUGACCCAAGCUGAGGGCCCAGAUCCCUGGGCUUUAGGUCCCUAUUGCUGCUUUGCUGCUCACAGCACAAGCCUGGCUUUGAACCACAGUUGCUGGCCUGUCUGCUGAUUCUUGGUUCCUGUCCUUCCAGCCAGUGGGCAACUCUACCCUGGGGGAGCAUGAAGGCCCACAUCGCUGCUAUUACCAAGCCCUUGAAUCCCUUCUGUGUUGGAAGAGGAGUGGUGAGACUCCAUUGUGGUGGAGUCUCCCCCUCAUUCUUUCACCCCCCCCCCCAGCAGACAGAGCUUUCUUAGUAAGAUGGAGGUUGACUUGUGGAACAACUGGCUCCCACUGCUGCAGUGAGGGUGGGGGCUGCAUGUAACUUCCUUGCAUACUGGAAUCCAGGGCCCUGGCCCUUGCUUUUCUGCUUGCCCAAACUGGACACAGCGGCUGUUCAGGGUCCUGCUACUGGUAAUAAAAAGCACCAGGAGCUGGAGGUUAUCUCCCUGCUACACGCCACACAAGCCCUGGCAGGAGAACUUGGGCUGCUUGCACUCUAGUAGCCUGAUCAUUUGACCCCCUCCCAACUAAGUUAACUUGCACUCUGAAGACUGGGGCUUGGGUCUCAGCUUUGCAAAGAUGCAGUGUUGCAGGCCUUGCCAGCUGCUGGGAUUCCUACCCCCUGGCUGGUGCUGUGGAGCAGGAGUCAGAGCCUUUCUGCUGAGGGGCACCUGCUUGAGCUGGACAGUAUUGAGGAGGGACCUGGCCUGUGUCCCACUUCACAGGGAGCUGAAGAGCUGGCGUGUACUUAGGACCUGUCAGCCAGGUACCAUGUCCUGGGCCAGGUCAGCCUUUCAUCCCCACAAGCAGGGUGGGAGGAGGAGCCCAGGUAGCUGUUCCUGAGUGCACGAAGCAGGGACUUGUGCCUCACCCACUGCUGCUGCUGUAGGCAUUGCUCCUGUCAUUGGUAAGGGCCUUCUGGAGGGAGCGCUGGCAAGACGUCUGGCCCCCAAGUGGCUGCAAACAGGAUACAGGAGUCCCUUUUCCACUGGAUGUACCUUGUCUAGCAAUGCUUUUGAGUUUCCACAGGGAUGUGACUUGAAUAAAGUUUGGUAUCGGA